UCUCUCUGGAAUUCUGCCAGAUUGCUGGAUAACUGGGUCUGCUGUUAGGCAGUGUAUAGAAAGAUUCUGGCCAACUUUCUGGUAAUAUCCUUCUUUCCGAGCUCUCGCAGUCUUCGGAGUAGAGUGACAUAGGACAUCUUAAGCACCCUGGAGAGGAAACCCUUGGGUCUUUUUUCAGCUGGAUGAAGUUGGAUCUCAGUAUGAACAUGGGCACCAUCAUUCAUGUAGCAUUCCUGUUACUUGUGGUACUAGAAGGAACCUGGACAGCUGAUCCUGUAAGUACCUUACUCAAAGACAGAGGAGAAUGGUGUAACGAACACCAGAAGGUCCACAAACGUCUGGAUGCUAUAGAGGAGAGAGUGCAAACCACAGUGGAUCACCUGUAUUCUGAAGUCAACUCUUUGCUCAACACCAUUUCUGGAUCUUCUUGGGCCCUGUCGGUUGCACCGAGCGGCCCUCUCAUGGAUAUAUUCGAGGAAGAUUCUAGAUGAAGUUAUCCCAUGAUCCCAUGCAGGACAAAACCUACUUUAUGAAUACACUUUAUAUAUUUUUCCACUGUGCAUUUUGUGACAUAUAAAGGUAUAUUUUACUACACCAGAAGCUUGUCAUCCAUUGCUUUAAAGGAACUGUGCAAUGUUAAAUGUAUUGAUAUAAAACAUAUUAAAAGGGGUUAUCCAGGAAAAAAAU